GCCGGAUUGGUAUAUUAGAACCCCAACUCUGCGACCAUGCACGUGGACUAGACCACCUGUUCGUUAUUUGUCCUAGAUAAAUCCCUUCCGCUACGGUUCUAUCCUCGUAGACUACUCGGAGCGCAUGCGACCCACGGUUUCGGCGUCGCAGGAAUUGGGAUCAUGGAUCACGGCCUUGUGGAGAAAGCCUCGAAGGAGACGGUCAGCUCUACGUUGGGCGGGUAUCUAUGCCCGCCCGGAGCUGGCGACCUCGAGUCUCAGCGUCGUCCCAGUGCCAAUCAUGACAAUGUCGAGCUCGAGCGUAUCAAUACGUAUCGGCUACAGCAGCAACUGACGGUUGGAUCAAACCGCAGUCGCAUUCCUCGGGAUCAAUGGCUUCCCAUGGGCGCGAGAAAAGAAUAUCCACCAGGUCUACCGGACGCGGAUGAAUACGUGGUUGAGUUCGAAGGGUCGGACGACCCUAUGCAUCCCCAGAACUGGCCGAUGAAAAGACGGGUUCUUAUAGGGUCGCUCUUGACGUUCUGUGCGCUCGUCACAGCAUAUGUGAGUGCUAUCUUUGCAACGGCCUCGGAGGGAGUGAUGAAGGAGUUCGGGUUCAGCAAAGAGGUUGCGGCGCUGGGUACAACGCUAUAUGUGUUGGGAUUCUCCGCUGGUCCGACGAUCUGGGCCCCGGCCUCUGAGCUGGUUGGACGACGAUGGCCGCUGUUGAUCGGCAUGUUCGGGUUUGAUAUCUUCACGAUCGCCUGCGCUACGGCGAAAGACACGCAGACCAUUAUGUUGGCACGAUUCUUCUCGGGAUUCUGCGCGGCGAGUGUCAUCGCUCUCGUCCCGGCAAGUCUGUCGGAUCUCUUUAACAACCAUCAUCGAGGGAUCGCGAUUGCCGUUUACACGAUGUCGGUGUUCACCGGGCCCUUCACCGCGCCAUUCAUAGGCGGGUUCACCGCAGAGAGUUAUUUGGGUUGGCGAUGGACAUUUUAUGUGCCGUCUAUAGUCGGGUUCUUCAGUUUGACCCUGAUGGCGCUCUUCGCACAAGAGACAUACGCGCCCACCAUUCUGGUCCAAAAGGCGGCCAUCCUGCGCCGUCAAACCAGAAACUGGGGCAUCCACGCACGACAAGACGAACAGGAGAUCGAUUUCCGGGAACUGGUAACCAAGAACCUAGCGCGGCCAUUCCUGAUCUUAUUCACCGAGCCCAUUGCCUUCCUCUUGACGCUGUACAUGGCUUUCAUCUAUGGACUGGCCUACGCGCUGCUGUCAGCGUACCCGAUCGUUUUUCAAGGCACCUAUGGCAUGACUGGUGGUGUGAGCGGACUGCCGUUUAUCGGGUUGAUUAUUGGGCAAAUAUCAGGGUGUACUUUAGUUCUCUCACUGCAGAAAUCGUAUUCUAGGAAACUGGAGGCCAAUGACAACGUGCCCGUACCUGAAUGGCGGCUCCCCCCUUGUAUCGUGGGUGGUAUUGCUUUUGCCGGAGGAUUGUUCUGGUUCGGUUGGACCGGUUGGAACCCGUCGAUCCAUUGGAUGGUUCCCACGGCGGCCGGCGUGAUGGUUGGAUUUGGCAUUACCUCCAUCUUCAUGCAGGGGUUCAAUUACCUGCUUGAUUCGUAUCUCAAUUUUCAAGAUAUCCCUACUACCCAACUCGACGACUUCAAGUUCUGGGUGCAAUACGCCGCGGCCACCUACUGCCAAAACAACUAUGUCGCCCCUGACGGCUACAAGCCCAACUGCGCCGUGGGUAACUGCCCGGAUGUAGAGUCGGCAGACACCUCAAUCAAGCUCAGUUUCUCUGAUGAUACCAUCACCGACACUGCCGGCUUCGUCGCCGUAGACAACACCAACAAGGCCAUCGUCGUCGCCUUCCGUGGCUCCUACUCCGUCCGCAACUGGAUCACUGACGCGACCUUCCCCCUGACCGACCCUGGCCUGUGCGAAGGCUGCAAGGCCGAGCUGGGUUUCUGGACCGCCUGGAAGGUUGUCCGAGACAGAAUCCUCAAAACCCUGGAUGAGCUCAAAUCCCAGCACGGAGACUACAAGAUCGUGGUUGUCGGCCACAGUCUCGGCGCCGCCAUCGCCUCCCUCGCCGCCGCGGACCUGCGCACUAAGAACUACGACGCCAUCCUGUACGCCUACGCUGCACCACGUGUGGCCAAUCGCGCUCUGGCCAAAUUCAUCACAGACCAGGGCAACAACUACCGCUUCACCCACAGAGACGAUCCCGUUCCCAAGCUGCCGCUCUUGACUAUGGGCUAUGUCCACAUCAGUCCCGAGUAUUAUAUCACCGCCCCCGAUAACUCGACCAUCACCGAAAAGGAUGUCACGGUCCUCGAGGGAGACGUUAACUUCAACGGAAACACCGGCACCGGGCUUCCUGAUGUGCUUGCCUUCCACUCACAUGUGUGGUACUUUAUUCAUGCGGAUGCUUGCAAGGGCCCUGGUCUGCCCUUACGUUGA